AUGGAGGCUUUUGCAAGAAAGGAAGAGGAGCUGGUGGAUGCAGAAAGCCGUAUCAAUGCUGAAGAAAACUUCCGGGAAGCGACAAAGAAAGUCCAGCAGGCCACAUCCUCUGAGGACAUUUUCAACUUGGCUGCGCUGUAUGCCAACAGAGCCGCGGCGCCGCCGUCUAAGCUUUGUUACCUGAAAUCCUGGGAUGCUGCCCGAACCUUCUUCUCAGCCGUGCAAGAUGCACAGAUGGCCGCCCAGUUGCAGCGCGAGUGGCCCAAGGCCAGAUGCCGCCUUGGUGUUUCCCUUCUGGGAGCUGGCCGGCCGGAGGAGGCGUAUGUCCAGUUUGCAUGGGCGUUGGCCUUCGACAGUCACAGUGCUGUGGCUCGACAGGGUUUGGAGGCUUGCCUGACGGCGAUCCCUAGAUGGAGGCACCGGAGGGCGGCGCAUUCCCGUCGCCUUGAGAAAGACCGCGUUCGUCCGAGAGACUCGACGAAGGUCUGGGUGGUCUCGGACUUGUACUUCGAUGCGAAGAGCAAUGCGGAGUGGUGCAAUGCUUUGGACGACGCGAAGUUUCAGGAUGAUGUUCUGAUCGUGGCUGGCAACGUCGCCGACACGCUCCAGAGCAUUAUUCGGGGACUCAAGGUGCUCAGGUCCAAGUUCCAUCGACUCUUCUAUGUACCGGGAAACCGGGAUCUUGCACUCAAUGCCAGCGAGGUGCGAACGGCUCGAUUCCCUGAUUCCAUUGCAAAGCUUCUGGGACUACUGGCGGCCUGUGACCAAAUCGGGGUGGACAUGUUUCCAGCGGCCAUUUCCCAGGAUGUGUAUGUGGUCCCGCUGCACUCAUGGUACAAUGCUGAGUUCGACAAGAAAAGUCGUCCCGAUCCUAAUCACGGCUUCGAUGCCCAAUGUGUUUGGCCGCUCGAUCCCAACCAGCUGUGGAAAUGGAUGCUGAAGUUGAACGAGGUAUUUUUAAAACCUCUGCAGGGCACCGUCCUGACCUGCUCCCACUUCGUACCCCUGACAACACUGCCCUUCGACGGGCUAGGCAAGCAGGCACAAGCCAUGGGGUGUGAAGAGAUUGAGGACCAGCUACGUCGAGUGCGAAGUGCUGGUCACGCUUAUGGCCAUGCCUCCAUCCGAACGUGUCAGGUCCACGGUGGCGUGACCUUCGUCAACCACGCCCUGGGCCUUUUGGAGGAUAGCGAGGCGGUGCCUUCACCACGGCUCCUCUUCAAUGGUCACACGGUGGUGACCUGA